GGCUUCAUUGCGCUUGGAGACUCCUACUCCGCGGGCAUCGGCACAGGCCUCUUCAACGGCACCGAAGACGACUGUCGCCAUGGCUACAACGCCUACCCGAUGCUGGUGCAGGGCGACCUGAACCGCAACCAUGGCGGCCACGGGCCAACCUUUCAGUUCCUCUCAUGCACGGGUUCCACCGUCGACGACAUGCUUGCCGGCGCCGAGCAUAGCCAGAUUGACGAAUUCAACACCACCGCCACUGCCGAUUUCGCGCUUCUGUCCAUUGGCGGCAACGACUUGGGCUUCUUUGACAUCAUGAACAGCUGCAUCUUUCGCUUCUACAGCUUCUACUCCGGCACCUGCGAGUCCUCCCUCCAGCGAGCCAGCGAGCAGAUGGCCGGCACCCAGUUUGAAAACCGUCUCCGCCUCGUCAUCAUGGAGAUCCUCGACCGCGUGCGAUGGGAGAAGAGGCCGUGGUUCACCAUCACCGUGACCGGAUACGCCCGCUUCUUCAACGCCGACACGGACGAGUGCGACGACUACUCCCUUGGCAUGUGGUGGCGAGGCCCGAAGCUGAAGCGCGAGCUUCGACAGCGCAUGAAUGCCAUGGUUCUCGCCGUCAACGCCAAGAUCCGAAAAUCUGUCGAUGCCAUCAACGCGGCCUUUGCGGAGCCGAGGGUCCUCUUUGUCGAUUACGAUGAUGCCUUUGAGGGGCAUCGCUUUUGUGAACCAAAUGUCGUAGAGCCGGACUAUGCGAGAAACGAAACUUGGUUUUUCCUAGUUGGUGGUCUGGACAAUGCUCCACCGCAAAUGGGGGAGCCUGGGCCUGGGCCUAAGGAUGCCCUUUUGCCUGCUGAUUCUCCGCUGGUUGAUGCUCAGAAUUGCAUUGGGCCUGCGCAGGAGUCUGGAGAUUGGGGAGAAAUGGCAUUGUGCAUGAUGGCCAUGGCUGCCGAUAGAGACCCCAUGUUGCGAAUGGCGGAUGGAGAGGUUACAGCACAGAAUGGCAUGUGGUAUGUGCCCACAUAUUACGGCAAGACGUUUCAUCCGCGUACCCUUGGCCACAUGGCCAUGCGAGAUCGGAUAUACAAAGCAUGGCGAGAACACUACCACGUCCCCCUAUAUUAAAAGCCUUCUUUUGGUCAGCCGCAUAUUGAAGGAUUCCUUUUCAUUGAUUGGACAGCUCGUAUAGUCUGGCUGCCGGUGUUUAUACUUGGAUUGUUAUAUACCCUAUUACUGAUUUGCCGUCUUAUUUAAAACUGCCGGGGGCAUCAUGCUGCUGCGUUAGAUGCACGCAGCCCUAUGGAGGAGUCUAUGGGUCUCCCCACGGGGCUCCAUAAUGAAGCUGAAAGAGCUAGCAGCACCAAAGCUUAGAGGUAUGACUAGUAUUAUAGAGUAGCUGCUCGUUGUUUAUGUUUUAUAAGUACAAAGGAUUAAAAGGUAUUGUUUAUUAAAAACAAGAAGACGUAAUUUGAUCACAAUCUCC